AUGGCACUGACAGCUUCACUUAACGGUUACAUGGAAGUGGUAAUACCACCGGAUAUAAUGGACGAUAAGUCUGCCGAGGGUAUGGUAACUCACGAAGGUGGUGAAAUAAGAUUGAAAUGUGUUGCAACUGGCUCACCGCAGCCUACUGUCACGUGGAAACGAGAAGAUGGCAGGAACAUUAUUCUUCGCGAAGAUGGACAGAAACAAUCGUUAAAAACUUAUGUGGGUGAAACGCUAGAAUUGACUGGAGUUCUUCGACAAGAAAUGGGCACUUAUCUUUGCAUAGCCAGCAACAAUGUGCCUCCGACAGUCAGCAAACGUUACUCUGUACAAGUUCACUUUCCACCUGUUAUAAAAGUAACAAAUCAACUAGUAGCAGCACCGGUCGAGAGUGACGUUGUUCUUCAAUGCCAGGUAGAAGCUUCGCCACAAGCGUUAAAUACUUGGCACCAAAAUACUG